AUGGCCACUUCCUACAUGAGCUCUUCCUCCACCUACGGGGGUGGCUUUGGGGGCAGCAGCUCUCGCCUGUCCUCGGUGCGCGCCGGAGGCACCUGCCGGGCCCCGAGCAUCCACGGCGGCUCCGGCGGCCGUGGCGUCUCCAUCUCCUCGGCCAGGUACGUCUCCUCUUCAGGAGGAGGCUGUGGCAUUGGCGGGGGCUAUGGAGGAGGCUUUGGAGGGGGAGCAGUCUGUGGCUUCGGAGGGGGCUCCGGCUUCGGAGGGGGCGCUGGCUUUGGAGGGGGCUCCUGCUUUGGAGGGGGCGCUGGCUUUGGAGGCGGCGCUGGCUUUGGUGGAGGAUUUGACCUUGGUGGUGGCUUUGGUGGCGGCGAUGGCCUCCUCUCUGGCAAUGAGAAGAUAACCAUGCAGAACCUGAAUGACCGGCUGGCUUCGUACCUGGACAAAGUACGAGCCCUGGAAGAGGCCAAUUCGGAUUUAGAAGUGAAAAUCCGAGACUGGUACCAGAAACAAGCUCCCACCAGCCCUGCCCGUGACUACAGCAAUUAUUACAAGAUAAUCGAAGAUCUCCGAGACAAGAUCCUUGCUGCUACCAUUGACAAUUCCCGGGUCAUUUUGGAGAUUGACAACGCCAGGCUGGCUGCUGAUGACUUCAGACUGAAGUAUGAGAACGAGCUGUUCCUGCGCCAGAGCGUGGAGUCCGACAUCAACGGCCUGCGCCGCGUCCUGGACGAGCUGACCCUGUCCAGAGCCGACCUGGAGAUGCAGAUUGAGAACCUGAAGGAGGAGCUGGCUUAUCUGAAGAAGAACCAUGAAGAGGAAAUGAAAGAGUACUCCAACCAGCUGAGUGGAACAGUCAACGUGGAAAUGGAUGCAGCUCCUGGCAUUGACCUGACCAGAGUUCUUGCUGAGAUGAGGGAGCAGUAUGAAGCUCUGGCUGAGAAGAACCGUAAGGAUGCUGAGGCCUGGUUCUUCACUCAGACUGAGGAGCUGAACCGUGAAGUUGCCACCCACAACCAGCAGAUACAGACCAGCAAGUCAGAGAUCACGGAACUGCGCCGCAACCUGCAGAGCCUGGAGAUCGAGCUCCAGUCGCAGCUGAGCAUGAAAGCUGGGCUGGAGGCCAACCUGCGGGACACGGAGGGCCGGUACUGCGCGCAGCUGGCUCAGAUCCAGGCCCUCAUCAGCAGCGUGGAGGAGCAGCUGAGCGAGCUGCGCUGCGACAUGGAGCGCCAGAACCAGGAGUACAAAAUGCUCAUGGACAUCAAGAGUCGCCUGGAGCAGGAGAUCGCCACGUACCGCCAGCUGCUGGAGGGCCAGGAUGCACAGUUGUCAGGACUGAACCCCAAGGAUGCAUUUGGGAGCAGUACAAGAGGUCGCUCUGGCACGGACGAUGAUGGAAAACCUGUUUCUACCCGUGACAGGAGAUACCCAUAAAGAAAUACCAAAUCUCCACGUGGACCCAGUGCAGCCUCCACACUGGCUAAUGCUGAGAUAAAGAGCCUUUCACUUCCCCAAAUCACAAGAAUGUAUCCAAGAAUGUCUUUCCUUAGAUUUGUUCUGCCUUUGUACAUGAGCACUGGCUCGCUGGCUCAGAGAUGCCAAAGCCUGUUUUCUGCUGGUGCUCUAUUGUGUCCUAACAAUAAAGUUUCUGUUCUGCUUCUGCAAA